ACACUAUGCCAGCCCUCAGACCCCUCAUCAAGCCUAAGAUCGUCAAGAAGAGGACCAAGAAGUUCAUCCGCCAUCAAUCUGAUCGCUAUGUCAAAAUUAAGCGUAACUGGCGGAAGCCCAGAGGUAUUGACAACAGAGUCCGCAGAAGGUUCAAGGGCCAAAUCUUGAUGCCCAACAUUGGGUAUGGUAGCAGUAAGAAGACAAAGCACAUGUUGCCUUCAGGAUUCAGAAAGUUCCUUGUCCACAACGUCAAAGAGCUGGAGGUGCUGAUGAUGAGCAACAAGUCCUAUUGUGCAGAGAUUGCUCACAAUGUUUCAUCCAAGAAUCGGAAGGUAAUUGUGGAAAGAGCAGCUCAGCUUGCUAUCAAAGUCACCAAUCCAAAUGCCAGACUGCGCAGUGAGGAGAAUGAAUAAAUAGUUGUUCUUGUACAACUGUAUUUAAUAAAAAGU